UUAAUAAUGAUCUGAGAACUCCAAGUCAGGAUUGUAUCGGAAUAUAAAGUACCGAGGAGAUCCACGAAAUCGGAAGAAUCUUGGAACUAUAUUGAUACAUGAUAUUUAGGUACCAAGUUUCUCAUUCUACCCGAAAUCGUCGAAUUGAACCUAGCAAAAAUGUCUACAGCAAUCAGGGUUGGCAUAGUAGGCGCCACUGGUCGAACAGGAAGCUCAAUAUUGAACGGGUUGCUGGCUUCCGAGACGCAAUUUGAUAUUACUGCUCUUACACGGCCUACCUCCGUCAAUAGCGAGGCUAAUAAUGAACUCAAAAGCCGCGGCGUUCGCAUCGUAGCUGCGGACUUGACCGGUCCGAAGGAUGAUCUUGUUAAAGCGGUCACAGGCAUUGAUAUAGUAAUAUCGUGCAUAGUAUUCUCUAGCCUAGGUGAUCAGAUACCUUUGGCCGAGGCAGCGAAACAAGCUGGCGUAAAGAGAUUUGUGCCAUGCAAUUUUAGCACUCCAGCACCAAGAGGCGUAAUGGAUAUGUAUGACGAGAAAGAUGAUAUCCUUGCGGCUAUCCAACGCCUGUAUUUGCCAUACACUGUGAUAGAUGUUGGGUGGUGGAUCGACCAGUCAGUACCGGCCAUACCUUCAGGCCGAACAGAUCACGUAAGUAUCAAAGUGCUCGACAUAAUUCCUGGCGACGGAUCGGUACCCGUGGCGUAUACAAACUUGCCAGACGUCGGAACGUAUGUGGCAAAAAUUAUUGCCGACCCAAGAACUCUCAACAAGAAGGUCUUUGCGCAUACUGAAACAAUCAAUGCAAUCCAAAUGAGGGACCUGUUGGAGGAGCUCAGCGGAGAAAAAGUCGCAAGGAAUUAUCUGAGCGCAGACGAGGUACACAAGGCCAUUGCUUCGGCGCGAUCUUCCCUACAAAAGAACCCUGGCGAACCAACUGCUAAGUUCAACCUCAUUCUGAAUCAAUACAUAGAUUCAUGGGGACUUCGAGGAGACAAUACUCCUGAGAUGGCAUCGUAUCUAGGAUACCUGGAUUUCAAGGAGUUGUAUCCGGAUGUUAAAGGGAAGACGGUACGAGCUCGUCUUCAAGAGAUCCUGAAUGGAAAUUGAUACCUGGAUACGGAUGAUUUAUCCCGCAGUUAGGUCGGAUAAUUUGAGUAGAUUAAGUAGUCUCUCAAUAUGCUUUCUUUAGACAUCUAGAUGAAUGGGUCCUUGUAAGAAAGACUACGCGAACCGGAAUCAGAGCUGCUGAUAAUAAUAAUCAGU